GCUGAAUGUGUGUAGAGCUUGCGCUGUCUCGCCAGCAUCAUGAAGGCGGCUAAGGGGAAGACCGCUUUGCAAGACUUUUGCAUGUGAUUAGGAGGUUAUCCCCAAUAGUCUGUGAAACUGGACUUGACGCAUCAAUCAUAUUCGGCCCUACAGAAUGUCCAAGAUCAGGCGGAAGGUUACAGUGGAGAAUUCGAAGACCAUAUCGGACAGCAGCAGUAGCACGACCACCCCCUCCCGCAGGCCCAGUGUGUUUGAGAGACUCGGGCCCAGCACGGCCAGUAAUGCAGCAGAGACUCAUUGUAGAAACUGGUUAAAGACUGGGAACUGCAGUUACGGUAACACGUGUCGAUACACACAUGGAACCCCAUCAAGAGGAAAAGGCUUCUCUGGAACGUUCAAUAGGUCAGCCGAGAGGCCCACUGGGGAUCUCCGGGAGAGGAUGAAGAAUAAGAGACAGGAUGUAGAUGGUGACGCUCCGAAAAGAGACGCAGACGAGCCCACUUCACCCACAACCAGACAGCGAGAUUCAUCUCGAGGCAGACAUAGAGAAAAGGAGGAUAUUAAAAUCACAAAGGAACGCACUCCAGCUAGUGAGGAGGAAACAGCAGAUUGGGAAGCCAGUCGUGAAGAUUCUGAUAACGGUGAUUACGAUUACGAGUUAUCUCUUGAAAUGAAGAGACAGAAGAUUCAGCGGGAGCUGAUGAAGCUGGAGCAGGAGAACAUGGACAAACGAGAAGAAAUCAUCAUCAAGAAAGAAGAAUCGGUCUCCAAAACCAGGACCAGCAGUAGUUCUAAGGACAGGGCUUCUCCUGAGCACACCAGCUCUAAAGGAUCCCCAUCAUCUCGUAAAUCCAGUGGCUCACCCAAACACAGAGGCGGCAAAGGUGGGAAUCCUAGCAAGAAAGAGAAGAAGUCCUCCACUUCCUCAGUUAUUUCCUCACCAGUGUCUGACCAGACAAGGGCAGAAGAGACUGACAGCAGGUCAUCUAAGAGUGGCCAUGGUAAAAGAAAAGGGCCACGGACGCCCAGUCCUCCACCUCCAGUCCCUGUGGAGAACCCAGUGGUUGGGAAAAAACACAAGAACAAACACAAGAACAAGGAUAAAUCUGAGGACAAAACUAAAGAAGGCAAAGAAAGAGGACGAGAUGCAGAGAAGCACAAAGAAAAAAAAGAAAAGCGCAGGGACCGUUCAGAUAGUUCCCAUAAAGCCAAACGCUCAAUGACCUCAGAAGAACGAUCUGGAAGUCUUUCCCCACCUUCCAGGGAAGCAUCUCCCCCAGCCAGAAGAAAGUCAUCAUCUCCCAAACCCUCCUCUAAACGAGCCUCACAGCACAGGUCUAGAACUCCACCCCGUCACCGCCGCAGUACUUCCCCUUCUUCCAGACAACAGCAGUCCCCAUCUUCACAGUCAGGUUCCUCAGCCCAGAGACACUCCCCAUCCCCGCGCCACAGACGAAGUUCCAUCACCCCCUCAGCCUCACCCCCUCCCACUCAGUCCUCGCGCCGCUCUCGCUCAUCCGUCACCCCCCAGAGGGACCCGUCACCAGCAUCUGCCCCUCGCAGGUCCAGCCCCAGUGCCUCUCACCGCUCACAGGGCAGGGAGAAAGAGCGGGAGAGGGACAGGGACAGGGGAAGAGCAGAGCAAGAAAGGAGUCCAGCAGUCCAGGAGAGACGGCAUGAGCGCAGAGAUGAGAGUCGUGGGAAGCGUGAGAAAGACAGCAGUCGGGAAGAGCGAGACUAUGAUAUCGUGCAGAGUUCUUCUCGAGAGGAGCGGGACUGCAGGGACAGCCGAGACCGCCGUGGAGAACGGGAAAGACGAGAUGUCCGUGAAGAACGCCAGCAUCGUGGGGAUGUCAAAGACACUCGAGAUGCCCGUGCAGCAGAGACACGAGAACGCUCAGGACGAGAACCACUGGAGCACAGAGAGAGAGACCGGGAUAGGGAGAGAGAAAGGGAGAGGGAAAGAGAGAGAGAAAGGACUGAAAUGCAUAGAAAGGAGGAAACGAUGGUCCAGGAAGAAAGGAGUUAUGGAAGAGGACACGGAAGGGAGGACAUGAGGAAUGACGCUAGAGCGGACAAUAGGAAUGAAUCUCGAGUUGAAAGAACAGGCAGAGGGAGGGGUCACGGAUCAGAUGUCACAGAAAAAGCUCGUGGUGGUAGAGCAUCACAGGCUGACACUAGCAGUGCUAGUGGACACGACAGCUGGGAGUCACGUAGCAGCAGUCUGAGAGAGAGGAGCACAGAGAGGAACACUGAUCGCGAUCGCUAUGAUGACAGACCGAGAGGAGAGCAGCCCAGAGAUGAACGACGGGGAGCACAUAAUGAGAGAGAUCGCCGUGACAACAGAGAACGAGCAGAACAAAGAGCGCCCUCUCCUGUCCGCCAGCAGAACCGCGGCGAUGACCUGGAGCGUGAAGAGAGAAGAGAUGAUCGUCGGAAUGAUAGAGGGGAUGACAGAAGAGAUGAUCGUACCCGUGAGAGGGAAAAGGAGAGGGAUAGAGAAAGAGAGAGGGAAAGGGAGAAGGAGAGAGAGAGAGAAAAAGAGCGGGAAAGAGAGGCUGAAAGAGAACGCGAGAGAACCAGGGAGAGAGAGAGGGAAAGGGAACGAGAGAGGGAGGAGAGAGAAAGGGAGAGGGAGGAGCGGGAAAGGGAGAGAGAAGAGCGGGAAAGAGAAAGGGAACGAGAGAGGAAGGAGAGAGAACGGGAAAGGGAGCAAAGAGAAAGGGAAAGGCAGCGGGAGUGGGAUGAAAGAGAGAAAGGAAGAGAGGAGAGGAGGGAAAGAAGAGAUGAGUCAAGAGAAGAUCGCCCUCCCCGAGAUGCUCAUGAAGACAGAAAGAACAUCCGCAAGAGACAUCGUGCUGAGAACACUCCCAGUCCAAGGCCAUCUCCUAAAAGAGCGCGAGAUGUGAGCCCUCCAGACAGUGAUGGUUACAACAGCACUGAGGAGAAAAGUGAUAAGCAUCGUCUGCUGAGUCAGGUGGUUCGUCCUCAGGAGACCGCUCGCUCACCUGUCCGCUCCUUUACUGAUGAUAAACACAGUCGUUGGAAGGAUGAAGAUCGGCGCGUGGAUAAAAAAGAUGCCCGUGGUCGACAUGAGGAGGUGGAUUCCCGUGGCGAGAGAGCAGGAAGAGCAGCGGAGCGGCGUGGAGAACACGCUUCAGAUGUUUCUGCUACAGGAGUCCCUGAAUCUAGGAGGGGAAAAGAGCAGAGAGACCUCCCUUCUGCUGCGCUGACGCCUCCCGUGGAGGAAAGAGAUGCUUUGUCAGCGGUCCAUGAGGAGACCAAGAAAAAGACUAAAUCCCAGAAAAAAAAUAUGAAGAAGAACCGUAAAGAGGAUGAAGGGGGAUCUGGAGGAGGCGAUCGUAGUAACCCUGAGCCCCCAUUGUCUUCCAAUGUGGCUGAAGUCCCUCCGGCUCUCCUCUCUCCUCGCAAGACACCCAAGAAGAAAGCCUUAGAAAGGAAGCGCAAGCGCUCACGAGGUGCCGAGUCGGAUGUUUCUGAGGAUGAACUGGUCACUCAACAGCCCCUCAGUAAGAGGCGCCGAGGCCCACGUACACCACCGCCAAUCAAUAAGGAUGACCUUCCCUCCCAGAGGGCUUUAACAGCUGGACAGAGUUCUCUCCCAGCAAAAUUAGAUGCCAACUUCAGUGACUGGUCUGAUGAGGAUGUACCGGAGCGUGGCGAGACCUCCACUGCCUCCAUGCCAUCAGACAGGCCUCCAGAAAGGCUGCCACCUAGAAGGGGUGCACGUGGGGUAGGCCGGGACCGUACUGACCCUCCUAUUGCGCCGCUGCUUCCUGACCCUCCAAUGCUGAUGCAGUCUCUUCCCUUGCAACCGUUACUGCCGCAACACAUGCUGCGAAAGCCACAGCAAGCAGACAUGCAGCAGCAGCGUAGCAGCAGCAUGGGCAGUAACCAAAGCCGUGCAUCUUCCAGAAGACUACGCUCUCCUUCUAACGAGUCAGCUCACCGUGAUGACGGGCCUCAGGGGAUGAGGUCCCGCAGAGGACUCCUGCAAGGGGGAAAUUCCAGAGAGCGAGACAGAGAGAGAGAAAGGGAAAGGGAACGAGAGAGGGAUAGAGACAGGGAGAGGCCAGUGGCUAAUGAACAGAUGGUUGGAGAGAGGAAGUCGAGGAUCGAUCAGCUUCGCAGAGGAGAACCCAGUCGGAGUACUUCCUCAGACCGACAGGACUCUCGAAGUCAUAGUUCUCGUCGCAGUUCACCAGAGUCUGAGCGUCAGGCUCGCUCCAGAGCCGGAUCUUAUGACAGCCGUGAACGUGACCGGGAAAGAGAUCGUGAUCCAUUAGAUCGAGAGCGCGAGAAAAAGGAUCAUCGUCAGCUGCAAAAUCAGCAAUCCCAACAGCGAGAGCGGGAACCAGAGGCCCGUGAGUGGGGCGGACGGGGCAGAGAGCCACUCCUCCGUGGAAACCGGGAGCCAAUUAGAGAGAGAGACCUGAGGGAGAUGCGUGAAAGAGAGCGACUCUUACCUGAAGGGCUGCUAGCACACGAACGAAUGGAUCGUGAGCGUGGUGAAAGAGAUCGUGAGCGUGACCGGGACAGAAUGCUUCCGUUUGACUUGCAGACGCAUAGAGACUCAAAGAGCAGAGCUGAAUUGAAGAUGGACAGGGCUGAAUAUGAGCCUCUAUUACCCAGAGAAGCCCUCAAGGAUGUCGAAAAACCAGCAGACAACUCACAUCUGCAAGGGGAAGCGUCUGAGCCAGAGAAAAUGGAUAGUCUUGAUGAAGAGGAUGAUGGAAAAGGAGAUGAUGCGCAGUCUGUCGUGUCAGGUGGUGAGGAGUAUGAGCCAAUCAGUGAUGAUGAACUGGAUGAGAUUCUGGCAGACAGUCAGAAGAGGGACGAGCAGCAAGAUGAUGAAAAGACUUCUGGGCCUCUAGAUGUGAUUGAUGUAGACUGGUCCAGCUUGAUGCCCAAGCAAAAACAGGAGCCCAGAACUCCUGGAGCUGCUCUACUCCGAUUCACUCCAGGGGCCGUGCUCCUCAGAGCAGGAGUGUCCAGACGAUUAGCUGGACCUCAGCUCCUUGCCAGAAUUAAAGAAGUGUGUGCCAGAGAGGUUGAAGACCCUAAAGAUGCUGAUAAACUCCUAGAGCAUGAUCUGGGUGCUCUGAAUAUGGCAGCAUACAACAGAAGAAUGGAAAGGGCCAGUCUACUGAGGAGCUUGGGUCCUUGCUGCAAGGCGCUGUGUGCUCGGCGAGACAUUGCCAUACGUAGACAGCUCCUGAAAAAUGAUAAGGGCACCACCAAGCAGAUCUACACAAGCGCUCCAGUGGUGGACAAUGAACUUGUGCAACUGAGUUUGCGUCUCUUUAAAAAGAAAAUGGCUUCCAACCAGUCUAGCGGACAGGACAAGACUGAUUCAGCUUCUCCAGCUCAACAGCUCAAUACACCAACAGAGAUGUGCGUCUCUUGAGCACACUUAGUGAGUACAGUCGGAAAGCACUGAUCUCAGAUCAUCGUUAACCCUUACUUUUCAUCAAUUAUCGUAACACUGAAACUGUUUUGAAGUCAGUGCUGAUGGAGGAUUGCUGCCCUAAACCUUACCGGAUCACAGAACCAUAGAGACUGGAAACACUAGCCUGUGGAAAUGCUGUCUUAAGGUUUCAUGACCUUUGAACUUUGACUCAGAAAUGUGAUAAUUAUGUACUGCAUAAAAACUGUGUCAUUAACAUUUGUUUUAGAGACUUUUUUUGUAUUGCCAGAUGUGUGUGAAUGACGGUUGCUGAAUGCUUGUGGGCUAUACAAUGGGUACUGACGAUGUACAUUAAAAUGACUGUAAUUGUUCUGUGCAUCUGACUUGCGGUCCCCUUGUUUGUCGGUUUGGUUUUGAAACGUUUUUUUGUGAUCAGUCUGCUUCAGCACUCUUUGUUCGCAGUACUUCUUUGUUUUAUUAAAACAUGAUUCAAGAAGAAAA